ACUCUAGCAAACAGGAGACCUCCGCUCGGUGGUCUCCCGUCCUUCAGGUGAGGGGCGCCGGGGCCGUGGGGCGAAGCGCUGCUGGUGCGGGGAGCGCCGGGAUUUCUGUUCCCCUUUUCCCCUCUCCCCGUCGGGGAGUGAAGGCGCGUCCGAAGAGCGCGGAGCGGCCGCGGCGCCUCACGCUCGUGUUCGCGGGUGCGGUAGCGCCGCCUGCCGCCAUGUGGGGGCGGCUGCCUCUGCCUCAGGUGGCCCUGGCCGUGGCGCUCGGCGUGGCCAGCGGCCUCUACAUCUACCGGCCCGUCUUCCAGCCGCCCCCGCAGCCCCCCGACGGCGCGGCGGGGCCGCCGGCGGACGCCGUGCCGGCGAAGAGGCCGUGAGGGAGUCGUGUGAGCCGCGCCGUUCCCCGGUACCGCCUGGCAGCCCGGACCUGUGCGCCCCCCCGGCAGAGAAAAUGGCGCCCAAGCAUCUCAGCGUUCGUCGCCUGCCGGGGAACGUCCCUCCGGCGGCGGGCGCCAGCCGUGGCCAUCCCCAGCAGCCGCCUCGGCAGCCCGGCCCGGCCCCGCAGCACCCCGCCGGCUGGAGGUGUACCUGCGGACCUGGUGUGACCGGAACCGGCCUGUCCCGGCGUGAACGUUGACAUUCGUAUAAAAUCCUGAAUGUUUAAAGGGUUGUCUUCGCGUCUGAGUUUAAAUAACCAGUGGGGAACUGGAAAAAGAAAGGCGCUGUUGCACAGUUACACUUCAUGGUGUUUUCUGUUUUGUUUUGGUUUUUUUUGCUUGCAUCUGAUCUGAUCCUCCAAGCGAUAAAUAUUGUUUUUAUCUA